CUCGAUGGCCGAGGAGGAUGCGACUUCCGCCGUCGCGCAUCUCGCCGUCGCGUACCGCCUGUGGAGCCGCGCCGCGGCUGGUAUUGCGCACAUUGCUGCUGAGGCGCAGGAGCCGGCUGGAGCGCCUGCAAUUGUGCCUGCGGAGGACGGGGCGGCCGAGGGGAAGGACAAGGAGAAGGACAAGAAACAGGCCUUCUGCUUCGUGGGCAAGCGGCUCGGCGGGUUGCAGUGGUACUUUGCAGAGGCACUGUUCGAGGCUACGUUCGACAUCGCGCUGGCCCUCGCGCAGCAGGGAUCCGUCAAGGAGUGCGAGUACUACCUCAACCAGGCGCGCGGCAUGGUGUCGUCGGUGCGCUCUUCGACACUUGAUGCCCGCACCGCCUCGCACACUGCCGAGUUCGAGACGCGCCGCCUCAACUUCGAGAAGACGGCGGAGCAGAUCGACCACGCGGUUUCGGUGCUUACCGUCGAUGGGCCUGAGGCAGUCGAGAUCCAGCGGAUCAAGGGCGAGCUGUUCUCGCGCCAAGCCGAGGGCUUGGCCGCCGACGAGCUGUUCGCCGGAGCGGUCGAGCAUCUCGUGGGCCUCGACAAAGAGUUCAUGUCUGCCGAGACCAAGAUGCCGUCCGCACGCAAAGACAGCAUCAUGCCAGCGGCCAGCUUGCGCGAGCCCCUCUUGCCGCUUUCCCUUGGCCACAUGCUGCGCCAGCGCGCGUGGCUCAUGCGCGAAGGCGGUAAUCUGGACGCGUACGACGCGAUCGUCGAGCAGCUGAACUGCGUGCCCCGCUCGUUGAGCGACACGCCCGACCAGCUGCUUCUGGAAGCGCGCGUGGCCAUGCACGACGCAUUCAAGUACUUCAAGACGGACUUGUUCAUGAGCUCGCUCACCGAGUCGACGAUCGCGCUUACGAUGGGCUCGCCGGGAAAGCGGGGCAAAGACCGGCUCUCGACGCGCCACGACGCGGUGCAGCAGCUUGAACGGGCGUCGGCUGCGUUCCGGAACACGCUCGCGACCAUCGCGGCGCGCGGCCGCGUAGAGGACGUGCGCCAGACAUGCGUGUCGCUCGCUCUGCUCGGCGCGUUCCAGACGUCAUUGGGACACGGCUCGCCCGCCACUACCGCCUCGGCGGCGAGCACACUCGCAUCCGUGUCGUCGAUCACGCUUCACCGCCAGCUACUCGCUGCCAUCGACAGCAAGUACCCCGACGCCGAGGCGGACGACAUGGACUGGCCUGUGCUCGACGCGGCCGUCCCCGAACCAGCGGACGCGCUGCAGGCGUACUGGGCCGACGUGCGGGCGCGACAUGCCGAUGUCAGCCUCGUUGGCGACUACGACCUCAGCGCCCUGCCGACCAACUGGGCCGUCGUGAGCAUCACCGUGACGGACGACCGUAAUACAAUGCUCGUCACGCGCCACCAGAACGGACACGAGGCGAUUGUAUUCUGCAUUCCGCUCGACCGGCAGGGGCGGCGCGACGGGGACGACGAGAGCGAGCUGUUCAGCUUUGAUGCCGGCAUCGCUGAGAUGCGCGCGAUAAUGGCCGCUGCCGACGCAAACCUCAAGAGCGGCAAGGGGUGCGAGUCGAAGGACGACCGCAAGGCCUGGUGGCGCGAGCGGCACGAGCUGGACACACGCCUCAGCGAGCUGCUAGCAACGAUCGAGUUCUGCUGGCUCGGCGCAUUCAAGACGGUGCUGAACCCGCGCCUCGAAUUUGACGCGGACGCGCUCGCGACGUUCAGGGCUCGCCUGGAUCGUAUUUUCCACGCAGCGAUAACGGCGGGCGGGUCGGACGCGCGCAAGGCCGCCCGUGUGCGCCUUAACGACACGCUGCUCGCGUGCUUCGCCACGCUCUCGUCCAAGUGCCGCGACGAAGAGGUCGAGGACCUCGUCUACUUCGUGCUGGACCUGUACCAGUUCCACGGGAUUGCCGUGGCGCUCGCCGAGCUCGACUUUGACCAGAUCGGCGUGGACGUCAAGGCCGCGCUGGCGGACCUCGAGCUCGCGACGGGCAUGCUCGAGCGCGGCGCGAGCGACGAGCACCUCCUCCUCGCGCUCGACAAGAACGUGCAAAGCAUCCCAUGGGAAAGCAUCCCGAUCCUCCGCGGCCGCGCCGUCAGCCGCAUCGCUUCGCUCCCCCUCCUCCUCGACCAGGUUGCGCUGGGCGCGACGCUCGGCGCCGACGCGGCGCACCGCACCCUCGACGCCCGCAACACGCACUACAUCGUCAACCCAGGCGGCGACUUGCCCGGCACGCAAGAGCGGUUCGGGGCGCGCCUGCGCGCCCUCGAAGCCGACGGGUGGGCCGGCAUCGCGGGCCGCCCGCCCACCGAGGCCGAGAUGGUGGACGCCCUCACCCACUCCGAGCUCGUCAUGUAUCUCGGCCACGGCGGCGGCGAGGCCUACCUCCGCAGCCACAAGGUGCGCGCGCUGCGCCGCUGCGCUGCCACUAUGCUUUGGGGCUGCAGCUCGGGCAUGCUGCGCGAACACGGCGACCUCGACCCCACGGGCACGCCGCACGACUACCUCCUCGCCGGGGCGCCGUGCCUCGUCGCCAACCUCUGGGACGUGACAGACAAGGACAUCGACCGCGUCACGGUGCACGUCAUGGACACGCUGGGGCUGCAGGCCGGCAAGAUUGGCAAGGGCGCUGCGUGCAGCAUCGUCCAGGCCGUCAGCCAGGGGCGCAGCGCGGCCCGCCUGCCCUACCUCACUGGUGCGGCCGUCGUCGUCUACGGCGUCCCCGUGUAUUUGGCAUAG